AUGCGGCCGGGACGCACGGGGACCGCGCCGCUGCGGCUGCUGCUGCUCCUUCACGGCAUUUUAAAUUGUUGUGUGGCCUACAAUGUCGGUCUCCUGGAAGCAAAGGUAUUUUCCGGUCCUGCGAGUGAACAGUUCGGCUAUGCAGUGCAGCAGUUUAUAAAUCCAAACGGCAAGUGGUUACUGGUUGGUUCACCUUGGAGUGGCUUUCCUGAGAACCGAAUGGGAGAUGUGUACAAAUGUCCUGUUGAUCGGCCCAUUGCGACAUGUGAAAAGCUCAAUUUGCAAACUUCCGUAAGCAUCCCCAAUGUUACCGAGAUGAAAACCAACAUGAGCCUCGGCUUGACGCUCAGCAGGAACAUGAGGACCGGAGGAUUUCUGACGUGCGGUCCCCUGUGGGCGCAGCAGUGCGGAAGUCAGCACUAUGCGACGGGCGUCUGCUCGGACAUCAGCCCCGACUUCCAGCUCUCGGCCAGCUUCUCCCCGGCGGUGCAGGCCUGUACGUCCUUCAUAGAUGUGGUGGUGGUAUGCGAUGAGUCAAACAGCAUCUAUCCCUGGGAGGCGGUGAAGAACUUCUUGGAAAAAUUUGUACAAGGCCUGGAUAUAGGCCCCGCAAAGACACAGGUGGGGUUAAUUCAGUAUGCCAAUGAUCCAAGAGUUGUGUUUAAUCUGAACACUUUCAAAACCAAAGCCGAAAUGAUAGCAGCAACAGCGCAGACAUUCCAGAAUGGCGGGGACCUCACCAAUACCUUCAAAGCUAUCAAAUACGCAAAGGACUUCGCUUAUACUACAGCUGCUGGCGGGCGACCAGGCGCCACCAGGGUCAUGGUGGUUGUGACUGACGGGGAAUCGCAUGACGGUUCCAUGUUGAAAGACGUCAUUGAGCAAUGUAACGAGUACAACAUACUGAGGUUCGGCAUAGCAGUUCUAGGGUACUUAAACAGAAACGCCCUUGAUACUAAAAACUUGAUAAAAGAAAUUAAAGCAAUUGCCAGUAGUCCAACCGAAAGAUACUUUUUCAAUGUGUCUGAUGAGGCAGCUCUGCUGGAAAAGGCCGGGACGAUAGGAGAGCACAUUUUCAGCAUCGAAGGCACCGUUCAAGGAGGAGAUAAGUUCCAGAUGGAAAUGUCACAAGUGGGAUUCAGCGCAGAUUACACUCCUGAAAACGACGUCCUGAUGCUGGGGGCAGUCGGGGCCUACGACUGGAGCGGGACCGUUGUCCAGCAGACGUCUCACGGGCAUUGGAUAUUUCCCAAAGAGGCCUUCGAGGAAACCCUGCAGGACAGAAACCACAGCUCCUAUCUAGGUUACUCUGUGGCCACGCUCUCCACUGGAAACGGGGUCCACUUUGUCGCGGGUGCGCCUCGGGCAAAUUAUACGGGCCAGAUAGUGCUGUACCGCGUCAGCGGGAGUGGCGACGUCACCAUCAUUCAGGCUCACAGAGGCGACCAGGUCGGCUCCUAUUUCGGCAGCGUGCUGUGUUCAGUCGACGUGGACAGAGACGGCAGCACAGACGUGCUCCUGGUCGGCGCCCCGAUGUACAUGAACGCUCUAAAGAAAGAGGAAGGACGCGUCUACCUGUUCACUAUCACAAAGGGCAUUUUGAAUCAGCACCAGUUUCUGGAAGGCCCCAAGGGCGUGGAAAAUGCUCGGUUUGGCUCGGCUGUCGCCGCGCUCUCAGACAUCAACAUGGACGGCCUCAACGACGUGAUCGUUGGGGCGCCUUUGGAAAACCACAACGCCGGCGCCGUGUACAUCUACAACGGCCACGAGCGCACCAUCCGCACGAAGUGUUCCCAGAAAAUCCUGGGAUCCGACCGAGCCUUCCGGAGCCCUCUGCAGUACUUCGGCAGGUCCUUGGACGGCUACAGAGAUUUAAACGGGGACUCCAUCACCGACGUGUCCGUCGGCGCCUUCGGACACGUCGUCCAGCUCUGGUCGCAGAGUAUUGCUGAUGUGUCUAUAGAGGCGUCCUUCACACCAGAAAAAAUCACUUUGUUCAACAAGAAUGCCGAGGUCCGCCUCAGGCUCUGCUUCAGUGCGAAGUUCAGACCUACUCAGCGGGACAGCCAAGUGGCCAUUACAUACAACGUCACCAUAGACGCAGACCUGUACUCAUCCAGAGUCACCUCCAGGGGCUUAUUUAGGGAAAACAACGAGCGGGACCUGCAGAAGAGCCUGGUCGUCCACCCAGCACAGACGUGCUCCGACUUCCUCAUCUACCUGCAGGAGCCCUCGGACAUUAUCAGCCCCCUGGACCUGUGCGUGGACAUCAGCCUGGCCACCCCCGGCUCCAGCCCCGCCCUGGAAGCCUACUCCGAGACCGCCAAGGUCUUCAGCGUCCCUUUCCAUAAAGACUGUGGCGAGGACGGAGUUUGCAUCUCUGACCUGGUUCUCAAGGUCCAACAGGUGCCGGCUGCUCAGGAACAACCCUUUAUUGUCAGCAACCAAAACAAAAGGUUGACAUUUUCGGUGACACUGAAAAACAAGAAGGAAAGCGCGUACAACACGGCGCUUGUGGUGGAGUUUUCAGAGAACUUGUUUUUCGCUUCCUGGUCCAUGCCGGUUGAUGGGACAGAAGUCAUGUGCCAGGUCGCUCCAUCUCAGAAGACUGUAACCUGCAACAUAGGCUACCCUGCGUUGAAGAGGGAGCAACAGGUGACGUUUACUAUCAACUUCGACUUCAAUCUUCAAAACCUUCAGAAUCAGGCAUCCGUCAGUUUCCAAGCCUCAAGCGAAAGCGACGAAGAAAACGCGGCAGACAAUGCGGUCGGCUUCAGAAUUCCGCUGCUGUACGACGCCGACAUUCACAUAACGAGGUUUACCAACAUAAAUUUUUAUGAAGUCUCCUCAGAUGGGAAUGUUCCUUCUGUUGUGCACAAUUUUGAAGAUAUUGGUCCAAGCUUCAUCUUCUCCAUUAAGGUGGCCAUGGGGAGCAUGCCGGUAACCAUGGCGUCCGUCACCAUCCGCAUCCCCCGGCACACGCAGGCGAAGAACCCGCUGCUGUACCUCACAGGCGUCCACGUGGACCAGGCUGGUGACAUCAGUUGUGAUGCUGAAGUAAAUCCACUGAAAAUAGGACAGACGUCUUCUCCUGUGUCUUUCAAGAGUGAAAAUUUCCGGCACGUAAAAGAAUUGAACUGCAGGAGCGCCUCCUGCCAGAACGUCACCUGCUGGCUGAGGGACCCGCAGGUGAAAGCCGAGUACUUCCUGAACGUGUCCACCAGGAUCUGGAACGGGACUUUCGCCGCAGCGACUUUUCAGACGGUACAGCUGACGGCCUCUGCGGAAAUCGACACCUACAACCCGCAGGUGUACGUGAUCGAGGACAACGCCGUCACGAUCCCCAUCACAAUAAUGAAACCCCAUGAGAAAGCCGAGGUGCCAGUCGGAGUGAUCGUAGGAAGUAUAAUCGCUGGGAUCCUGCUGCUCUUAGCUCUGGUUGCGGUGUUAUGGAAGCUCGGCUUCUUCAAAAGAAAAUAUGAAAAAAUGACCAAAAAUCCAGACGAGGUUGACGAGACCACCGAACUCAGCAGCUGA